GUUCUAAUGAUGAUCCUUGUGAAAAAGGCUCUCAUUCCAUUGCAAAUAAGCCUAUGAGGGCUGCUGAUUAUGCUCUUGUUGAACAAGAAUUGUUACGACAACAGUCCAAAAUUGACAUGCCAUCAAAAUCUCUGAAAAAUCAACAAGGCUGGUCUUCUCAUUCUUUAGAUGAAUCAGAUGAAGAAUUUCACCUUAUGAGAAUGGAGAAUAGAAUUUCUCCUGAGUUAGAGAAUUCAACUUUAAAUGAUAAUGACUCCUUCUGCAGUAGCAUCAGUAGUGACGCUAGGUCUGAUUAUGCUUAUAACACUUUUGGUGCCAGCCAGAGAACAUCUAAAGCUAGAAGUUCAAGUGUUCAAGCUAUGCUUCAAGACCAUAUGACAGAAUUAACACAUUUCAGAUGUUGCUGUAGUAGUGUCUGCAUUAUUAUCUUACAUGAUGACAGUGUUCAGGAAUCUCUGAGCAAUAACUCCAAUAGCACUCAAGAACUUGAUUUAAAAAGUACACUUUCACUGAAGGAUCGAGCUUCAACUUUUUUCAAUGAUUUAUUAGCACUUCAGAUGUCAGGAUUUGAUUUUAAAGACUUUGAAAUGGCUAAAGAUCCAUUAUCUAAACUCUGUGAGACAAACCAUCUAAGGUUAAUGGCUUCUUCUGUUGCAAUAGAUGGAAAUGAAAAAUCAUCAUCUGCACAAUGCAUACUUAAUUUCAGUCUCUCUUUGUUUCAAUUUGAAGUGCUUGAGUGUCUCUUCGAUUCAGCAAAUGUUGUUCAUAAAUCCCAAACACCAACUUAUGUUCAGAUAUUAUCUUGUGAAAAUAAACUUAACAGUCAAGACAGCAGUGGUUUAGAGCUUCAGGAAGCUUGUUUUAAACUAAAAUACCAGCAAGUGGAAUGUACUUCUCAGAAUUCCAUUAUCAAACUACCUCCAAAUAAACUAGAUAUUCAGAUUGGUCCAAUGAAAUGUGAAGUAGAUAUCUCACUUACUGAUCGCAUUCGCACUCUGCUGAAAUUUCCCAAUUUUUUCUCUCAGGUAGAUUCCAAAAACAAUGAAUGGAGAGAUUGUGAUGUUGGUAUUAAUACAAGAGUUUCACCCAAAACUGAAAUUAGUAUUUCUAGUCCAAAUCUUAAGAUAAACCUCAGGUAA